AUGAAGCAGUGUGGACGGAGGAUGAUCGCGACUUGGAAAGAGGGCAGCGUCUUUAAGCAGGUAUUAUGUCAUGUUGGCUUGUCUCUCGGCCCCUACGACCUGGGCGUGCUCGCCAGAUGUCCGUCUCGCGACAUGCAAAGCCAUUCGAGUCAGCCGCGGACAAUGGCACGCAACUCAGAGGUUUUCACCUUUGCUGCUAGCUCGCCCGACAGUUGGCUUUCGGGGAGCAGCCCUAACGGCUACAAACUGCCGCCGCCGGAGAUAGCGACCAUUGUGGAUGCGCCAGCGCAGCCGUCAUUGUCGUACUCUCCGGACAGGAAGACGUUCCUCCAGCUUACUCGGCCGCCCUCCCUGCCGCCAAUCCUCGAGAUGUCGCGACCCGAACUUAAACUGGCUGGAUUGCGCGUGGAUCCAGAUCUAUACGCCCGCAGCAAAAUGAGUUACUACACAGGCAUCUCCAUCGUGCCCGCCACGGAGGUCGUACCUGCCCCUGCCGACAAGUGCCGUACACUGACGGGCUUUCCAGCUGGAUCCUGGAUCAACUACGUUAGCUGGAGUCCCGACGGCACCCACAUUGCCUUCACAGUUCGCAGCCCCGGGGCCCCCGGCGAUCCCCCCCGGGGCCCCCUCGAGCUUUGGAUCGCCGAUCCCCACACGGGGACGUGCCGACCUGCGCUACGACACCCAGCGGCCGCCGCCGCCGCCGCCGCCGCCGCCAUGCCGCUGGGCCUGCCGUACCGCGGCCUGAACACCGUGUUCGAUGACUACGCGUGGCUGGAUGACGAUACGCUGGUGGCUGCCGUACUGCCGGACGGGCUGACGGCGCCGCCGCCGCCGCGGCCUGCGACGCCGCCAGGCCCAAAGGUCACCGACAACACGGCCGGCAAGAAGGCUCAGAACAGGACGUGGCCGGACCUUCUCAAGGACGAGUACGACAUGGCGUUGUUCGAGCACUACGGCAUCAGCGAGCUGUUGCGGCUGAAUGUACGGACGGGGGAGGUGGCGGUUAUAGGGCCCCCGAGGAUGUACAUCGAAACGGAUCCCUCGCCGGACGGUCGAUACCUCCUCGUCACGUGGCUGGAGAAGCCGUACAGUACGGCAGUGCCGUGCGGCAGGUUCCCGCGCCGUACACAGCUAUGGUCCCGAGACGGCACUCUGGUCCGUGAGUUAGCCGCACUCCCCCUCGCGGAGGACAUCCCCAUCGCCUUCAACAGCUGCAGAGCCGGACCGAGGGGCAUCAGCUGGCGGGAUGACGCGCCGUCGGAGGUGUAUUGGUUGGAGGCUCAGGACGGCGGCGACCCCUCGGUUGAGGUCUCCCCGCGCGAUGUCGUACUGGCCCUGACAGCGGAGGAUGCCGCCGAUCCUGCCGUACAACCACGUCAGAUUGCCGCCACGGACUUGCGCUGCGGCGGUGUUGCCUGGCGAGUAUAUGUGCGCGUGUGUGACGGGGAGUUGGCCAUCGUGUUUGAGUCCUGGUACAAAACACGGAGAAGCGUCUGGUGGCGGUUCGCGCCGGACCAACCUCGCGAGCCAAAGACAGUCAUAUUCGACAGGAACUACGAAGACGUGUACGGCGAUCCUGGAUCUCCCUUAACUCGCCGUACUCGUUGGGGCACGUACGCCAUCGCGCGGGGUGUCGGUGUGGCGGGUGGCGGGUUAUGCUCCGGGGAGGGCACCUGGGUGCUCAUGUCGGGCAGUGGCGCGAGCCCGGAGGGAAACAAGCCCUUCCUGGACCUGAUGCAGCUGGAGAGCGGGGAAACUCACCGGUUAUGGCAGAGCAGUCCACCUCACUACGAAGUGACGGGGUCGUUGAUGAGCGACACGGAUCCGGAGGCGCCGUUGACGGUUGAGGGCAUGUCGCUGAUGUUAAGUCGCGAGACUGCCUCCGACCCGCCGCAAUCCUUCUUGGUCGCGUUCCGGGAUGCGGGCCGACGGAGGGACGAGCGACAGGUUACGAACUUCCCUCAUCCGUACCCGCAGCUUCGAGAGCUGCGACGUGAGGUACUCCGAUACCCCCGUGCCGACGGUGUGAUGCUCACCGCCACCCUCUACCUGCCACCCGGGUACGACCAACCGACCCACGGGCCAUUGCCGUGCAUCGUUUGGGCCUACCCCCGUGAGUACAAAACCAAGGAGGCGGCGGGUCAGAUGCGGCGCUCACCCCACCAAUUCUCGUCCAUCGGAUCUACCUCCCCCACGUUGUGGCUCACUCGCGGGUAUGCCGUACUGGACGGACCCACGCUCCCCAUUGUGGCGGAUGUGCAGGAGGGCUCCGAAACCAGUCAUCAAGGCGGGCCAGCGGAGGGCUCCAAGGCUCCGGAACCCAAUGACACCUUUGUGGAGCAGCUGACAGACGGCGCGCGGGCGGCGGUGGCGGAGGUUGUACGGCGGGGGGUGGCGGAUCCCGCCAAGGUAUCGGUGGGCGGCCACUCGUACGGCGCCUUCAUGACGGCCAACCUCGUGGCACAUGCUCCGGACCUUUUCGCAGCAGGUAUUGCCCGUACGGNGGCGUACAACCGAACCCUGACGCCCUUCGGCUUCCAGAGCGAGGAGCGGACGUUGUGGCAGGCGCCCGAUGUCUACUUGCGGAUGUCCCCCUUCAUGAUGGCCGACAAGAUCUCCAAACCGUUGCUGCUCAUUCACGGGGAGGACGACAAUAACCCGGGGACCUUCCCCCUGCAGAGCGAACGGUUUUAUCAGGCCCUCAAGGGUCAUGGCGCUACGUGUCGGUUGGUGCUACUGCCGCACGAGGGUCACGGAUACCGGGCGUACGAGUCCGUGAUGCACACCCUGUACGAACAAGAUCAGUGGAUUGAGCGGUACGCCGGGUACGGCCGUUUGGAUCCCAACUACCUAACCGACGACACAGCCGGCGGCACUCAUAUUAUCACAUUUGCCGCUAUCAUUGCUGCGAAGAUCUGUAUCAUUUACCCCUUAUUUUUGGGCGACUGUGAGCAAAGCACAGUCGUUCGCGAGCUCCUGAGUGGUGAGCGUUGA